AUGACGGCCGUCUCGCCCAAACCGUCGUCACCUGGCUCGCCCAUAGUUGAGUGGGACGAGUCAGCUGUCAACGAGUAUUUCUUGGGGCUUGGGCUCGAUGGAUACAAGGAUGUCAUCUAUGAACACGGCAUCACCGGCGACGUGCUGUGUGCGCUCGAUAAUGAAACGCUCGUCGACCUCGGCAUGACAUCUCUCGGCCAUCGCCUCAACGUCCUGAGAAACGUGUACGAGAUCAAGAAAGAGCAGGGCGUAGAGAUGGGCGAGGACGAUUGGCGACCGCAAGAGGAGGUUGCUCUCGAAGCGAUGGAGCACGCCGCAACGAUAGACCGGAUGUGGGGUCUCGUGCUGGACCAGCAAGAGCGGAUGAUGCAACUUGAACGCGACCAUGCACGAUUGAUUCGCGCUUUGGCGGACAACGGGAUCGCCUUGCCUGGCGUCGCGCCCCAGCUUGUCGAAGACGCUGCGACCCCCACAACGGCCACGACCUAUGCAUUCGACUCCCCAAGUCAGCUGCUGCCAACAUCCGGUCGGUUAACAGCUUCCUCUGGAGGACUCACGCCGAAACCGCCUCAGCUCGCUCGGUUGGGAAGCGGCUCCCUGCGAGCAGGGAACGGGAAGCGUGCGGAGGGUAGCAGCAACCGAUCAGGAAGUGCGCCAUUACCGUCAUCACCUACGCCACCAGUCGACUUACCGCCCCCGACACCCGCUCCCACCAAUGCGAGUCACAGUGACAAGUCGCGUGCGACUGCUGCGGCGCAUUCGGCUGCGAAGAGCUUCCGAGUUACAAUGGAGGAUCCAUGCUGGAAGGUCUUGCCUGCUGCGUUGAAGAAGUACAAGAUCAACGACGAUUGGAAGCAGUACGCUUUGUUCAUCUGUUUCGGCAACACGGAACGGUGUCUGAGCUACGACGAGAAGCCGUUGUUACUGUUCCAGAAGCUCAAGGAAGGCGGGCAACGGCCAGUGUUCAUGCUCAGGCAUAUCCGAGACAUCAAGUCACCAAUCGCCGUGGCACAGCAGAAGCAGGCCCUCAAGCUUGGACUUCCGCCAACGACGUCGCAAAACCUACUCCCCACCGUCGACACGGUGCCCUCCCCGACCGAGCAGACCGAUUCUAGGCCAGGCGGCCGAACACCAGGCGAGGGCGGCUUCCCCGACCUGCCAAGUCCCCGGGACAAGGCUGAGAAGGGUGCGGGGCCCGAACCAGGUACAAUUCUCGACGUCGACGGAAAGAUCCACAAGGUCACCUACGCGACCUCGAUCUACCCUUACAUUGCGGACCGAGCGGACGAAUUCGACGUUGCGGUGGGCGCCACCUUUGUCGUCAUGUCGAAAGCAAAGGGUUGGUGGUUUGUGCAGAAGGACCCAGAGGGAGCAGGCAACAUCGUCUCGGACCCGAGCAAGAGUGCAUGGGUGCCGGCUGGAUGUUUGCUCGAGCUCGAGAAGGCGAUCGCUCAGGUCUCGCCGCGAAGCCCGGGCAAGCUCCCUGGCCGUGCACCGCUUCUGCCAUCCAACAUCAUGAGCUCGUCGUACCCUGGCAAUGUCCUGAUGGACUACACGGCAAAGAACGAGAACGAGCUCACGUUGAGGGAGGGCGAGCGCAUCCGGGUAUACAAGAAGUACUGCCACUGGAGCUACAGCAUCAAGGAGGAGACUGGCGAGCGCGGCUGGGUGCCGGCCUGGUUCGUGGGCAAAAUCGUGACGGAGAACGGAGAGCGUGAGCGAUCGCAUCAUCGAACAAACGGUACGGCCGUAUCGCCUGCACUGCCGAGCGCGAUGACCAUCCCUGGUGCCAGCAGUGCCGCUGGUGGUGGCAGUCUAGAGAACUCCAGCCAGCAAACGCACACGACAGGCGCGACGAGCACCACUCUCGUCGACAACGAGGGGCAAGGCAACCCCAAAUAG